AAUGACCACUAGUUUGUUCGUUUAAGUUUUGUUUAAACAACCUAAAAAUUACAAAGUGAACAAAGUUUUUAAGCUUCUCUGACUAAUAUUAAUAUAAUCAAUUUUAUUUUCUGAAUGAAACAUAAAGAAAAUUACGGGUGGGUCGAAAUAUGCAUAGGAGUAAUGUAAACGGCGAAGAUAACACAUAGUGACUGUUCUAAUAAAAAUCUAUAAACAAUACAAAUAUGUAAAGAAGCCUUAAAACAAGGACCCUAGAGGUUGGAACAGGUGCAGGCAUACCAUACCGGUAAAUAUGUUAAUCAUUUACACAAUUUUGAAAGUUUGCAACAUAAAGAAUAAUCAAAUUUAGCAAGCUUAGCACCACAUUAUCAUAUUCUCAAUUUCAGUUUACAUACGUGAAAAAUGACUACUCACUGUAUGUUUCUGUACAUAUAGGUAUUUACAAGUAAUAAUCGUUUGUGACAAAAUGUUGUUGUAUAGUAGUAGUGUAGUGGUAUUAUGUGCCAUUAUAACUGAGCUGAUCAGAUCGAAUAUCUUUUUUCAAAUAUUCAUUAAACAUGUAUGUACUUGGGAAGUGAAAACUGAAUUUGAAUUGCGUUCACACGGGAGUUUAAUGCGAAUUAGUUUAAUUCGUAUCAAUUUACAAGAGACGGUUAUAACGUGAUACACUCCAACAAUCCCAAACUUUUCUGAGACGUCACCUUAUGAAUAUAAAACGAGAGCUAGUUUGCUUUCAUUCUAUGUUUGGUUUAGCUUGAUGUUAUUUACAUUAUUGAUAGAAAACAGAAGUUAUUUUGUGUUUGUUAAUUUUUUUUUUAUUUUUUUCAUUCAUAUGUGUUAUAUUUUCGAUAGAAGUUACAUUGUGAUAGAAUUUUUUCCAUUAUGAAAAUACUUUUGAUAGAUUUUUUUUUACCUUUUUAGUUUGUAUCAUGGAUAAAUUCAGUGUGUUAAUAACUUAAUGACUAUUGAUAUUCAUUUUAACUGAAAAGGUAUUUUUAUAUGUUCAGUUCUAAUGAAAGAGUUACAUUUAAAAAACAAAUUAUCUUAAGGAAGGAUAUUGUAUUUAAAGAUUGCAUAAUAUCUAUUGAAAAAUGGGGUUACCCACAAUACUCAAAUAAAUUGUGCUGUUUUCCGAAAAUGAACUCCCGAGUAAUAUGCGUAGUUUUUAUUAUGCUUUAAAUUCUUUAAAUUCAAUAUAUAUUUAACGCGGAGAAAGGUAUAUAUUUAUUGCACUAACUUAUCUUGAAAGCAAUCGAUAUCCACUUUCACUUUCGCUUUUAAAAUUCGCCUUAAAGGGCUAGGAUAUUCAAGGAAAUUCCUUUCCACAGAUAAAUGAUGUUAUUUCUUGGGAUGAAUAUUUCAUGGGAAUCGCCUUUUUAUCAGCGAAAAGAAGCAAGUAUAACGUACGAACGGUUGGAACAUGUAUAGUUAACAGUGAGAGAAGAAUCGUUACAACAGGAUACAAUGGUUUUAUUGACCCUCAAAGAAAAAAGACCAAACAGAAAAAUGAUCCAACAUUUUCAAAGAGCAAGGCGGAGCAAAGUCUCUUUGUUUGCCAUGCUGAAAUGAAUGCCGUUAUAAAUAGACACGGGACUAGUCUUAAAGAUUGUGUUGUGUAUGUUACUCUCUUUCCGUGUAAUGAAUGUGCCAAGCUUCUGGCACAGUCACGGAUAAGUAAAGUGAUAUAUUACGCCAAUGAUAAAGCCGAGAAACCCAAAUACAAAGCAUCUGCAAAAAUACUAAAAUAUGCAGGAAUAAAAGUGCAAUGCUACAAACGACUUAAACGUGAAAACAGAUCCCCCGUGCGGAAGAAGAUCAUGCUUGAUUUUGAAAAGAUUGCUUUUCAAAGAAAUUAAGAGAACAAGGAAUUUCAAAAGUCUGCAUGCGUUUUUAUUUUCUCUGUCUGGGUGGUUUAAAGUGAUCUACGUUUUUAACAAUUUCAAUUAUUUCCGCUCUUAAAUUUCUAGGAAUAAUUAGAGUGAAACUAACAUAACUUUCAUUUCAAAUUAACAAGACGCCCCGUUUAAAAUUAUGAAUUUCCUGUUUCUAUAUGUAUAUAACGGGAAAGUGUGAUUGUAUUCAUUUCUUCAGUAAGCAUGAUAGAUUUGAAACAUGACUAUUGAAAUUGUACUGCUUUCAGGAAAUGAUUGUUUUGAUAAGAGUUAUUACUUACUUGCACAAUUAGUAUUAUAAAAAUUCUAUGUUAAUCAACGUAGUGAUCAUUAUGAUCAUUUUGUAUAUGUUGCUUGAAUAGUAUACACUCAGUGUACUUCCUUAUUAAAAUCCCAAAAACUAAUACAUGAUUACAUGCAGAAAUUUGUACAAGAUGAAUAGGUAGGAUAUCGAAAACGAAUCCAAAAUUAUGAAGGAGAAAAAUACUAAUUUAUACAU